CCGGACAUUUCCCACCCACAAAUUUAUGGCCCCAUGCGUCGGACUUGCAUAAAUUUAUGCUCUCACAAAUUCCCUCCGUCUCUCCUUCAUCUUCGGCAUCCACUGCUUUUUGUCCUCCGCCACCAUCUUUGCCGACCUCCGCCGUGCGCCGCCAGCUUCGUCACCCGACGAUUCUGACCCUUCGCGUAUCCGACGGGCACCACCAGCUCAGUUUCACGAACGGCGGGCAUCGCCGACGAGGGAUGUCACUGGUUCAAGCUGUUGUGCCUCUCUCCCUUCCUCCCUAAACGGCAGACUCUAGCAUAGAAAAUACGUGCGUUGGAGUCUGGCAAUAGAUUCUAGCUCGCUACUUCCUAUACUACUCACUGAAACCUUAUAUUGUGGCGCAAUUAGCUUCCUCCCACUGCCUUUUUUUUUUUUGGGUUCAUUGAACUCCCUCUGGCCUUGUCGACGUCAGCAUGCUCUUAUCUUUUUUCUUCGUCUAGUUUAAAGCUUUGUCACAUAAGUUACUAGUCGUCGAGGUUGAGAAGUUGUGCUCUUGCUUUGGGGACGGAUUUCGCCUGAAAAUUUUCUCACUUUGAUUUAAACUAUACUUGAAUUUGGCGUGAAACGUGACUCACCUCAAUCUUUAAUUCUACUUUUUGAUAUGCAAUCUUCUCUUCACACAGUCUCGACGCGUCAUCAUCAUUUAUCAUGGAAACUUCCGGGAACUUGCGACUUAUCCAGCGAAUCAAUACUCAAUAGAUCAAAACUGUUUUUCAAACCAGCGACUGCCUAUUCCUCUUUGAGAACAUGUCUUGAUAGUGAAUCUGAUGGAGGGGUUGAAAAAGGACCACGGUCCACAUUGCCAGUUAGCCUUCCCUUUGUGAUUCGGAGCUCUACGAACGUCUCUAGGUACUUCUGGGAUGGGGACUGUUUACGAGUGGUUAGUGUUGAUGGUGACUCGUCGUCUUGCAAGUUCGAAUACAACAGUGGGUAUCGUAAAUUGUUCAGGAUAUGCUGUUUUGUUAUUAGGGAUUUUCUCAUUCCUCAGCAAGUUGCUGAUAGUUACAUGGAUUACGUGAGGUGGAAGUUCUUGCAUCGUGUUUUCAGCUCUGCGCUUCAAGUUCUUGCUACUCAGGCUAUGUUCAAGGCCAUAGGAGUUGGGCACUCCUAUUCACUUCCAUCAUCUGCUGCUCUUAAUUGGGUUUUAAAAGAUGGCAUUGGAAGACUUAGCAGAUGUAUCUACACUGCUAGUCUAGCAUCUGCGUUUGAUACCAAUUUGAAGAGAGUCAGGUUCUCUACGUCAGUUGUUUUUGUUGCUAGCAUUGGACUUGAGUUACUUACUCCUGCAUUCCCACAAUACUUCCUCCUGCUCGCAACUAUUGCCAACGUUGCCAAGCAAAUAAGCCUGGCAUGCUACUUAGCAACUCGGUCUGCUGUCCUUCAAAGUUUUGCUGUGGCAGACAAUCUCGGUGAAAUUUCUGCAAAGGCACAGAUACAAACAGUGUGCUUUGACAACCUUGGCCUCUUGCUUGCUGCACUUCUAAAUAUGUUGUUUGAGAGCUAUCCAAGACGACAAGUAGGUCUUCAUUUCAUUAUUUAUCUCAUUUUUGCUGGCAUGGACCUUCUUGGGAUAUAUCAAGGCCUGAAGCAUGUCCACCUACAAACUCUGACUAAGGAUAGACUUGAAAUUAUACUCAAUACUUGGAUUGAGUCUGGAUACGUUCCUACCCCUGCAGAGGUGAGCGAAAAAGAAGGAAUUAGCAUUCUGGGAAUUGGAGGUCAAAAAUCGUGGCCAAUUAGAAUAGGGUGUUUAAAUUCCAGCAACCAAAUAGCCUGGUGGUCGAUAGAAGCAAUGCAACGUAUAACUGCAGAGGAUUUUUAUUUCAUAUGUGUGGAGAUCUGUUCCAAAAGAUUAAAGAGAAUUGGAGAGCCCGUUGUCCUUCUUUCCUUGCGUGAAGGAGCUGGAGCAUUGCAUAUAAUAAUGGGUUUGCUUCAGGCUUGCUCCAUCCGGAGGGUCCUCAUUGCAGAUUGGAGUAGGUGGGAGAGUCGUGUCGGGGAAAGCUAUGAGUCAGACUCAGCCCCUGAUGAUUGGUCUAUGAUCAUUGAGGAUAGCAAGACGUAUGCCAAAAGGGAUCUGCCUUGUCUGAUGGAACAAAUUUUGGAGAAGGGCUGGGAAGUCAAGAACAUUUUGUUAUCAGGAACGGAGAUGAUUCGAUUCACUUUCAAUUGUGGUUAUUGAAUUUUGUUGGGCUCCUCCAUAACGUGGGAGUAUUUUAGGUUUACAUUUGUGGAGUCAAAAUUGAGUUGACCCACAACUUCUAGAUUUUUGAUGUUUUAUUGAACUUUGCAGAAAUGCCUCAUACUAGGAAUACUAAGAAUAGCAUUGCCAAGCC